GCUCCCGACCUGCCCCGCUCCCGCAGCCCCGCCUUAGCGAGCCGUAGCCUGUCCCAUCGUAGCCCAUCCCGUGGGCAGGCGCGGAGCGGCGGCAGGCAGGCAGGCAGGCAGCGAGCUCAGCCACCCCCUUCUGCCGGCUCCGCGCCGCCGGCCGAGCGCCAUGAAGGGUGGCGGUGAGCGGCGGGCGCUGUGCUUGGCGGUCUUGUGGCUGUGGCUUCCCGGGCUGUGCCGCGGCGCCAUGGAUGAAUGCACGGAAGAGAGGAGCGGCCGACCCCAGCGCUGCAUGCCCGAGUUCGUCAACGCCGCUUUCAACGCCACCGUGCUGGCCACCCACACCUGCGGGACGCCGGCCGAGGAAUACUGCGUGCAGACCGGCGUCACCGGAGUCACCCAGUCCUGCCACCUCUGCGAUGCCGCCCAGCCCCACCUGCGGCACGACGCCGCCUUCCUCACCGAUUACAACAGCCCCCUGGAUGCCACCUGGUGGCAGAGCCGAACGAUGCUGGCCGGCGUGCAGCACCCCACCGCCGUCAAUCUCACCCUCCACCUCGGAAAAGCCUUUGACAUCACCUACGUGCGUCUCAAGUUCCACACCAGUCGGCCGGAGAGCUUUGCCAUCUACAAACGCACGAGGGAAGAUGGCCCUUGGGUGCCCUACCAGUACUACAGUGGCUCCUGUGAGAGCACCUACCACAAAGUCAACCGUGGCUUUAUUCGGACUGGGGAGGAUGAGCAGCAGGCACUCUGCACAGAUGAGUUCAGUGACAUCUCCCCCCUCACUGGGGGCAACGUGGCCUUCUCCACGCUGGAGGGAAGACCCAGUGCCUACAACUUUGACAACAGCCCUGUGUUACAGGAGUGGGUGACAGCUACAGAUAUCAGAGUGACUCUCAAUCGUCUGAACACAUUUGGAGACGAAGUUUUCAACGACCCAAAAGUUCUCAAGUCUUAUUACUAUGCAAUUUCUGAUUUUGCUGUGGGUGGUAGAUGCAAAUGUAAUGGGCACGCCAGUGAGUGUGUGAAGAAUGAGGUUGGGAAGCUGGUCUGCAACUGCAAACACAACACCUUUGGGGUUGACUGUGAAAAGUGUCUUCCUUUCUUCAAUGACCGUCCGUGGAGGAGAGCGACAGCAGAGAGUGCCAACGAGUGCUUGGCUUGUAACUGCAAUGGGAGAUCUCAGGAGUGCUACUUUGACCCCGAGCUGUUCCGUUCAACUGGCCACGGUGGCCACUGCACAGGCUGCUCAGACAACACUGAUGGUGCCCACUGUGAGAGGUGCCGGGACAGCUUCUAUCGCCUGGGGAGCGAGGAGGGCUGCCUGCCCUGCAGCUGCAACCCCAUUGGCUCUCUCAGCACCCAAUGUGACAGCUAUGGCCAGUGCAGCUGCAAGCCUGGUGUCAUGGGUGAGAAGUGUGACCGGUGCCAGCCAGGCUUCCACUCCCUCUCAGAAGCUGGGUGCAGGCCCUGUUCCUGCAAUCCAGCUGGCAGCACAGGGGAAUGCAAUGUUGAGACAGGAAGGUGUACGUGCAAGGGCAAUGUUGAAGGCUUCCACUGUGAGAGAUGCAAACCUGGAUUUUUCCAUCUGGAUUCCUCCAAUCCAAGAGGCUGUACCCCCUGCUUCUGUUUUGGACACUCUUCCGUCUGCACCAGUGCCACUGGCUACAGUGUCUACAGCAUCACCUCCAGCUUCCAGUUUGGAGAGGAGGAGUGGCGUGCUGAGCAACGUGAUGGCUUGGAAGUCUCCCUCCAGUGGAGUGCUGAGACCCAGGAUAUCUCUGUUAUCUCGGACAGCUAUUUCCCCAUGUAUUUUGUGGCACCACGCAAGUUCUUGGGCAACCAGGUUUUGAGUUAUGGGCAGAACUUGACCUUCUCCUUCCACGUGGACAGACAGGAUACACGGCUCUCUGCAGAGGACCUGGUGCUGGAAGGGGCUGGGCUGAGAGUCUCAGUGCCACUUAUUGCCCAGGGCAACCCCUACCCCAGUGAGAAUGCCCUGACCUACAUCUUCAGGCUCCACGAGGCUACAGAUUACCCCUGGAGGCCUGCUCUUACAGCAUUUGACUUCCAGAAGCUUCUCCACAACUUGACAUCCAUCAAAAUCCGUGGGACAUACAGUGAAAGAAGUGCUGGCCACCUGGAUGACGUUACCAUCACCAGUGCUCGCCCUGGACCUGGCUUGCCCGUGGCCUGGGUGGAGAACUGCUCCUGUCCAGUGGGAUAUGAGGGGCAGUUUUGUGAGCACUGCUCCUCUGGCUACCGACGAGAGACCCCAAACCUUGGGCCCUACAGCCCCUGUGUGCCUUGUGCUUGCAAUGGCCACAGCGAGACGUGCGAGCCCGAGACAGGCAUGUGCAAUUGCAGGGAUAAUACUGCAGGGUCUCACUGUGAGAAGUGCAGAGAUGGGUAUUACGGAGAUGCCACGGCAGGCACAGCCUCAGACUGUCAGCCCUGCCCCUGCCCAGGCAGCUCAAGCUGUGCCAUUGUGCCCCGCACGAAGGAGGUUGUGUGCACCAGCUGCCAGGCUGGCACCACAGGAAAGAGGUGUGAGCUGUGUGAUGAUGCCUAUUUCGGCGACCCGCUGGGCGAAAAUGGCGCCGUGAGGCCUUGCCGCCUCUGCCAGUGCAACGACAACAUCGACCCCAACGCCGUGGGGAACUGCGACCGCCUGACAGGAGAGUGCCUCAAGUGCAUCUACAACACUGCUGGCUUCUACUGUGACCGCUGCAAGGACGGCUUCUACGGCAACCCCAUGGCCCCUGACCCCACUGGGAAGUGCCGAGCUUGUCAGUGCAAUCCCUACGGUACUGUGAAUCAGCAGACCAGUUGCAAUCAAGUGACGGGGCAGUGUGAGUGCCAGUCUCAUGUCACUGGGAGGGACUGCAGUGCCUGUGAGCCUGGCUUUUUCAACCUUCAAAGUGGACGUGGCUGCGAGAGGUGCAACUGUCAUGCUCUGGGUUCCACCAAUGGUCAAUGUGACAUCCAGACUGGGCAGUGUGAGUGCCAGCCCGGUGUCGCCGGCCAGCGCUGCGACGCCUGUGAGGUCAACCACUUUGGCUUCAGCUCCCAAGGCUGUAAACCCUGUGACUGUGAUCCCGAGGGCUCCCGCUCCCUGCAGUGCCGGGAGAACGGGCGCUGUGAGUGCAAGGAAGGCUUCGUGGGGAACCGCUGCAACCAGUGUGAGGAGAACUAUUUCUACAACCGCUCCUGGCCGGGCUGCCAAGAGUGUCCAGCCUGUUACAGAUUAGUGAAGGAUAAGGUGGCAGAGCAAAAACAGAGGUUGCAGGAGCUGGAAAAUCUUAUAGCAAAUUUGGGUAUGGAAGGAGAAGCUGUGACUGAUCAAGCCUUUGAAGAGAGGUUGAGGCAGGCAGAAAGAGAUGUUGUGGAGUUGCUUCAGGAAGCACAAAACAGCAAAGACAUCGAUCAGGGCCUCAUAGAUAGACUCAAAGACAUCAACAGCACACUGUCAAAUCAGCUCAACAGGCUGAGGAACAUCCAGAGCAUGGUGCAGGAGACAGAGAACCUGGCUGAGCAAGCCCGGGUGCGGGUGGAGGACACUGAGGACUUGAUCAGCUUAGCUUCUGAUAUCCUUGAGAAGGCAAAGAUAGCAGCUGACAACGUGUCCAUUACACCUCCAGAGUCAACUGGGGACCCCAACAACAUGACCCUGUUGGCAGAAGAGGCUCGUAAGCUGGCUGAAAGGCACAAAAAAGAAGCUGAUGAGAUUGUUCGCAUAGCCAAGGCAGCAAAUGAUACUUCCACAGAAGCAUAUCAGCUGCUGCUGAAAACACUGGCUGGAGAAAACCAAACUGCAAAUGACAUUGAUGAACUCAACCAGAAGUAUAAUCAAGCAAGGAACAUUUCUCGAGACCUGGAGAAACAGGCCAACAAGGUGCUUGCAGAGGCAGAGGAAGCUGGAAACAAAGCCCUGCAGAUUUAUGCUAAUCUCACCAGUCUGCCUACUGUGGAUACCACGGGGUUAGAGAAUGAAGCAAACCAGAUCAAGAAGGAAGCAGGGGAGUUAGAUCAGCUGAUUGCCAGGAAGCUGAAAGAUUAUGAGGACUUGAGAGAAGACAUGAAAGGAAAGGAGCUAGAAGUGAAGAACCUCUUGGAGAAAGGGAAGACAGAGCAGCAGACUGCAGACCAGCUCCUGGCUCGAGCAGAUGCAGCUAAAGCCAUGGCUGAAGAAGCUGCUCGGAAGGGCAAUGGCACACUGCAGGAAGCUAAUACCAUUCUCAAUAACCUGAAAGAUUUUGAUAAACGGGUAAAUGACAACAAGACAGCAGCAGAGGAGGCACUGAAGAAGAUUCCUGCUAUUACCCAGACCAUUGCUGAAGCCAACAAUAAGACACGCCAGGCAGAGCUGAUGCUUGGCAAUGCUGCUGCUGAUGCUCAGGAAGCCAAAGCUAAAGCAGGUGAUGCUGAGAAAAUUGCUGGUUCUGUUCAGAAGAGUGCUGCUGCUACCAAAUCUGAAGCUGACAAGACUUUUGCUGAUGUGACUGGGCUGGCCAGAGAGGUGGAUGACAUGAUGAAGCAGCUACAGGCUGCAGAAAAACAGCUGAAGGGGAAGCAGGAUGAUGCUGAGCAGGAUAUGAUGAUGGCAGGCAUGGCCUCACAGGCUGCCCAGGAGGCGGAAGACAAUGCAAGAAAAGCCAAAAACUCUGUGAACAGCUUGCUUGGUGUCAUUAACAACCUGCUGGAUCAAUUGGGGCAACUGGAGACAGUGGACUUGAACAAACUGAAUGAAAUUGAGGGAACCCUGAACAGUGCCAAAGACCAAAUGAGAGACAGCAACCUGGACCAGAAAGUGUCUUUCCUCGAGACAGAAGCCAGGAAGCAGGAUGAUGCAAUACAGGCCUACAACAGGGACAUUGAAGAGAUCCUGAAGGACAUCAGCAACCUGGAAGACAUCAGGAAGACCUUGCCAUCUGGCUGUUUUAACACCCCGUCCAUUGAGAAACCCUAAGGGUGUGCUGGGGGGUAUUCCCCUGGGGGAGAGUGCUGGAGCAGUGGUUUGGCUAUGGAGUGCCUUAAACACACUUUACCUUCUUCAGAUCCCCAAGUCUUCACAGCCACUAUUUCUUUAUCAAAUCAGGAUAAUUUAAAAGGUUUAUUUGUUGGGGUUUGUUUUUUUUUUUUUUUUUUUUUUGGUUUUUUUAAUAAGAGAAACAAUCUCUGUCUUUGGGCAUCAAAGGGGCUUUUUUAAUAUAAAAUUGUCUUUCUGAGCACUCUGCCUUUGACCCUUUCUCAAACACAGUUUUCCUUUGAUCAGUGCAAGCAUGGGAGAUGCUCUGGACUCUAUACUGUGGUUCAGAAAUAAUCAUGUGAGCUGUAUACAGCAAGGCAAAGCUAACCCCAUUUUCUUUUCUCUCUUUACCCCUCAAAUGUAAAAUCCUCAGUCCUGGUGCUCUCUGUCCUCAUGAAGGAAGGGGCUGGCUACUGAAGUGUUACUGUAAUGGCCAGUAGAGCUGCACUCACUCAGAUCCCUCUUCCCAACUUCUAACCCUGUGAAUUUUUAUUAUUUUUAUUUUUUAAAAUGUUAACUAAUGGCCAAUUGACAGCAUUUGAUAGCCUUUGACAAACUAGCUGAAGCCUCUCUCGGAAAUGCUUUCUGUGAUGAUGCAUUGCUCUGAGAAACAGGCAGCCUCUGAGAGGAGCUCUUUGGGAAGCUGGGAUGCUGGUGCAGUGGUGGGUCCUGCCAGCUCUGCUCUUUUUCUGCAGAGAAGUCUGGGGUCUGCUCUGUAAGCAGCUUCCUGCCAGGUAAUCCAGGAUGUGGAGUGUGGAAGCUGGUAGCUGCAUUCUCCUCUACAGGUAUUGAAUUGCCAGAGGAUCUUUUUUGUUUGUUUCUUUGUUUAGGCAAUUAAUGUCUAAUUGACAUUUUAGUUUGCUCAAGACAGAAAAGUCUUGCUGAAGAGGAGAGCUACCACCAUCACCCAGAGAGUUCUGACAGCUGCACUGGAUUCCAUCCUGAAUGUCUCUGAGUGGAGAAGGAAGAGGAUGUGCAGGUGGAAAUGAAAAGCUCUUUCUCCUCCUCUUUUUCCUGAAGAAGAACAGUGGCAUUUUUCUAUCUCCUGGCAUUACUCUUGCCUUUUGCCUAUUUUUAAUCUGCCAGAAGGAGCUGGGCUUUUCCAGCACCCUCUUUUUUUUUUUUUUUUUUUUUUUCCUACUGCUUUCCUGGUCACCACUGAGCUACCCCAGCCUGGGGACGUUUCCCCAGCUGGUGCCUCCUGGCUGCUGCCUGGUGCUGGUGAGAGCAGUGGGGAGCCCCUUGUUUCCCCUUUGGCCCCAGUCUGAGACAAGAGCAUCCUCUGCAGCCUCCUCCUUGCCUCCAGCUGGGUACCCCCCACCCCCAGCUCCUCCAGACCCAGUAUCUAUCUGUCCUUAAACACUAUGCAACUUUAUACGUUUGCGUAGAGGGGAAGAAAUUAUUAUUCUGACACACACUGGUGCUAUUAAUUAUUUCAAAUUUAUAUUUUUUUUGUGUGUGAAUGUGAUU